UUUCUCAAGACACGAUUCUCCAAGCAAAUGCAUGAUUGGAAGAAUUUGCUUUUGAGUUCCUCUAGAUUGAACUAAUAUGCUUUUUCUCAAAUAUAAUUAUUCUUGUCUCUCUACCACUUUUCUGAGCAAUGUGACAGGCAGCAUGGUAGUGUAUGCUCUCAACUUUACUACCAAGUCCCCUUGUCUUUUACAUCUUGUGUGACCCCUACAUUGCAGAAAGAGUUCUUUUUAGCAGAAGGGCAGGGAAAAUUAGUGGAAAAAAUUAUAUAUUUUGGAUUUUUAUUUACAGAAAUAGUUAAAGAUUUUGUAUUUCUUCAGUCUGGUUGGUUUCAGAAGGUUUGUUUAGAGCUAUGGGAAGAAAAAGGGAGGAGGGUGGUCUCUGGUGUGUAGGGUUUCUCAGUCUGUGGAUUCUUGCAAGCUCUUCUCCAGCAUAUAGAAAUGUUAAUCCUGAAGUGCAAGCUCUGGUAGAUAUCAAGGAGAAGUUGCAGGAUCCUCAUGGUGUUUUAGGCAAAUGGGAUGGUACUUUUGCAGAUCCAUGUACUUGGACAUUUGUUACUUGUUCAUCUAAUGGUCCAGUCAUUAGCCUAGUGUCCUCAAGCCAGGGUUUAUCUGGUACUCUUUCACCAAGCAUUGCCAACUUGACAAAUCUUCAGACACUGCUGUUGCAGAAUAAUCGAAUAUCUGGGAAACUUCCAUCUGAACUUGGAGAGCUGACUAAACUUCAAACACUUGAUCUUUCUCACAAUCUCUACAGUGGUGAAAUUCCAGCUUCUAUAGCAGAGCUUAAAAGCCUCCAUUAUCUGCGGCUCAAUAAUAACAGUCUCUCUGGUACAAUUCCUUUGUCUAUGGCUAGCAUGACUAAUCUUACAUUUUUAGAUUUGUCUUACAAUAACUUGAGUGGUCCUGUGCCAAAGUUUCUUGCCAAAACUGUCAACAUUAUGGGGAACCCCAUGAUUUGUGCCACAGGAAAAGAGAAAGGAUGCAAUGAGAAAAAGCCAAUGACCCUCUACUCGGAUAAUCAACAAGGAUCUCAAUCUUCCGGAAGAUCUAAAAGCCAGAAGAUUGCAGUAGCAAUUGGGUCGAGCCUCGGGUGCAUCUGCCUACUUUUUGUUAUAUUUGGUUUUCUUCUUUGGAGGAGGCAAAGGCAUAAUCAACAAAUAUUCUAUGAAAUAAAUGAACAAUAUCGCCAAGAAGUAUCGCUUGGAAACCUGAGAAGGUUCCAGUUUAGAGAACUUCAGGUUGCCACCCGCAACUUCAGCAGCAAGAACAUUAUUGGUAAAGGUGGUUUCGGAAUAGUCUACAAAGGGCACCUGCAAGAUGGAACAAUUGUAGCUGUAAAAAGGUUAAAAGACGGAAAUGCAGUAGGAGGUGAGACUCAGUUUCAAACAGAAGUUGAGAUGAUCAGCUUAGCUGUUCAUAGAAAUCUUCUCCGGCUCUAUGGCUUCUGUAUGACCGCAACAGAAAGGCUUUUAGUGUACCCUUACAUGUCCAAUGGAAGUGUUGCAUUUCGUCUCAAAGCAAAACCUGCCUUGACCUGGGGAACGAGGAAACAUAUAGCAAUGGGAGCUGCAAGGGGUUUACUGUACCUCCACGAGCAAUGUGAUCCGAAAAUAAUUCACAGGGAUGUAAAGGCCGCAAAUAUAUUGCUUGAUGAUUAUUGUGAAGCUGUGGUAGGAGAUUUCGGGUUAGCAAAACUCUUAGAUCACACUGAUUCACAUGUCACAACUGCAGUCCGGGGUACAGUAGGCCAUAUAGCUCCCGAGUAUCUUUCAACUGGACAGUCAUCAGAGAAAACAGAUGUUUUCGGGUUUGGAAUUCUUCUACUAGAAUUAAUCACAGGCCAAAGGGCUCUUGAAUUCGGAAAAACAGCAAGCCAGAAAGGAGCCAUGCUUGAUUGGGUUAAGAAGAUUCAUCAUGAAAAGAAGUUUGAUAUGCUAGUAGACAAGGACCUAAAGAACAAUUACGACAGAAUAGAGCUAGAGGAAAUCGUAAAAGUAGCGUUAUUGUGUACACAAAAUCUCCCAAAUCACAGACCAAAGAUGUCCGAAGUGGUUCGUAUGCUAGAAGGAGACGGGCUAGCAGAGAAAUGGGAAGCUGCUCAGAGAGCUGAGGAAACCAGGUGCAGAGCCAAUGAUUUUUCUUCGUCGCAUCAAUUCUCGAAUCUUAAUGAUAACUCUGUAUUGGUUGUUCAAGAAAUGGAGCUCUCAGGACCAAGGUGAUAUAGUUACUAACUAUACAAGAAAUUAAAUUUGCAGCAAAAUAUAUACUGUGCUUAAGAGGGCUUGUUUGUAUAUGCAUGGAUACAUAGCUUGAAUCUGUAUAUUCGAUUUGUCCUAGUAUGUUAUUGUACAGUAUGAAUAUUUCAAUACAUCCGGGGUUGUAGCACCGUACAAAA